AACGAACGACCUGCUUCGCACUCGCGCACGACCGACAGGAAUCGAGCCUCCCAGGAAGGCAGGAAACGCAGGCUAGGGUUGGCCGCCGCCCGCCGCCCGCGCCGGCGAACCUCCACCCUCCGCCCAGAAUUUGCAGCUCAACCAAACGCAGCCUCAGUCCGUGUGAGAGAGGAGCCCCUCCCGUCGAUCUCACAGCCGCGCGAAGCCUCUCGCCGGCCGCCGCCGCGCUCCCUCUUGCACCGCUUUCCCGUCGAGAUCGCCACCACCUCCCCGUAUCGCGUGACGCUACCACAGCCCCCGCUUUCUCCGUGGAGCUCUGAUCCACCAAGUCCAUAAUUCACAAAUUGGUGAAGUCCACAUAAUGGAGCCCAAAAGCCGCUGACACUAGGACGCCUCCCAGACCCCUUCCACCUCCGAAGCCGCCCUCCUGGUGGAUCAGUGACACAGCUGCUAGAUAAGGCUUUUGAGGGAUUCUAGCUGCAGAAGAAACCUGGUGGGUGAUAUGAGCGGCGAGGCAGGCAAUAGGAAGGAGGAAGCCAGGAAGACAGGUUUGGAGGGCACCGGACUGCCCCUUCCAGGUGGCUCCCAUGGCAGCGUGCGAUGCGCUGGCAGCGACCCGCAGUUGAGACACAUGCUUGAUUCCCUCAAAUCCUCCAAGGCUUCUGCUGUGAUCAACUAUGGGGCCUCAUGGUGCGGUGUUUGCAAUCAGAUUCUUCCACCCUUCUGCAAAUUCAGCAACGAAUUCAAGAAUCUUACUUUCGUCUAUGCCCAUGUUGAUGAGUGCCCUGAAACAACUCAGAACAUACGAUACACUCCGACCUUCCAUUUCUACCGGGAUGGAGAAAGGGUAGAUGAGAUGUUUGGUGCAGGGGAAGAGAGGCUACGGGAUCGGUUGUGGUUGCAUUCGUGAUUUCUAGGCUUUGGCUUGCAGUGAUGCUGUUUUCAUGUACUUAGUUAUGCACUGUACCUCGGAUUUAUCCUUUUCUGAAAAGUCUUGUUUGACGUGGAAAGGAAGGGCAAUGUUAAACUGAUCAGCGUGUUGCUAGUUUCUCUCC